CAGCUCGGUUCCGUAUACGUACGUGUUUAGAACGUACGUAUUGCAUCAGCAGACGCAUCCGUCUAUUACUCGAGCUGCAGAAUUGGAAUUCACGCCAAGAGCACCUUCCAUUCCGUUAUAACCUCGAGAGCAGGAAAAGUUGUAUUGAAUGUGGUGGUUUGAUUGCAAGUUUAUGGUCCUGUGAGGGUAAUUUUACCCCAAGGACUGUAAUAUCGAUAACAAGAAGAAAUCGAAAAUGCCACAGGCAAGCAAAGCCGAAAAGAAGACUGCCGUUGACGCGGCUGCGUGGCUGUUCAACGUGAUCACUUCAGUCGGGAUCAUUAUUGUGAAUAAAUCGUUAAUGGCUACCUAUGGCUUCAGCUUUGCUACUACACUCACUGGAAUGCAUUUUGCAACAACCACAUUGACGACGGCUGUUCUGAGGCGUCUAGGCUACAUUCAUCCUUCUCACUUGCCAUUGCCGGAAAUUCUGAAGUUUGUAUUAUUCGCAAACUUCUCCAUUGUGGGGAUGAAUGUAAGCUUGAUGUGGAAUUCUGUGGGAUUCUACCAGAUUGCGAAACUUACUAUGAUUCCCAUGUCCUGCUUGUUGGAAGUUGUUUUUGACAAUAUCCGGUAUUCGAGGGAUACUAAGCUUAGCAUCUUAGUUGUACUCCUCGGCGUUGGCGUCUGCACAAUCACUGAUGUGAGUGUUAAUGCCAAGGGAUUUGUUGCGGCGCUAAUAGCAGUCUCGAGUACUUCUCUGCAACAGUAUUAUGUUCAUUUUCUUCAAAGAAAGUACUCCCUUACAUCCUUCAGUCUUCUGGGGCACACGGCGCCAAUCCAGGCUGCAUCGCUGCUGUUGAUCGGGCCUUUUCUGGAUUACCGGUUGACAAACAAGAGAAUCAAUGCCUUUGAGUUUCACACGCCGUCUGUUGUGUUUAUUAUACUUUCGUGUACCAUUGCCGUGGGGACGAAUCUCAGCCAGUUCAUCUGCAUUGGAAGAUUCACGGCCGUCUCAUUUCAAGUACUCGGUCAUAUGAAGACUAUCCUCGUGCUGGUACUCGGAUUCAUAUUCUUUGGUAAAGAGGGCCUCAACUUGCAAGUAGUUGCCGGCAUGGUGGUUGCUGUUAUCGGCAUGAUCUGGUACAGCAAUGCCUCGACGAAAUCCGGAGGAAAGGAGAGGAGAAGUCAUGGAGGAUCAUCGGAAUCUUCGGAGAAUACCGAUGAAAAGGUAUGAAGAAGCUUCACCACAAGUCACACACUAGAUACAAUCAAUUAAGCAAUUCCCAAAUUUUGUUAAUUCUUAGAUGCAUUACAUUCUGUAGUGAAUUAAUUGAUUAAAUAUAUAAGAGUCAAAUAUUUAAGGUGAUGAAGAAGGAAGAUCUGGGUACAGAAACACACUGAAUUUAUUACACAUACUUAGGAAACGUCUAACUGAUGCUGAGGAACCGUUCAUAUCGACACACAGCCCAAAACUCCAGUCUAUAUUGGUCAAGUCAGUAGAAAUUCAUAUCUUAAGAAAAAGCACAAGCAUUAAUACCCGGCCGUAGUCGACACUGGGUGGGUUUGGGUAUAGCCUGGAUCCAUCUACAUAUCAUGAUGAUGUUUCCACUGGCUCCGGCUCGGUGGGAAUUGUCGUAGCAACCAAAGUGUGGAACGUUUAGUGUCCUUCGAACCAACGGGCAGCCCUUGCAUAAUCAUAGGAAAUAUGUACCUUUUUGUGGAGCUGUGUUUCAGAUGGUUAUAGUACAGCCUAAUUCCUUGGCAGCAGCAUCGACAAAC